GGCAGGGCGGGUUAGGGGAAGGGAGGAAGAGGAAGAGGGUCUGGGCGAUGGUGCAUCCGGGACGAGCCUCUGGAGACCAAAAGGGUUAGGUAAACCCGGCGCGCAGCCAGCUGGACGCUGGGCCGACGAGGUCUGGGGUCUUGGCGCGGAAUUCAUGGGCCUGCGGCCAGGCUUGUGCCAGUGGCUUUGGAUCCCUGGCCCGCUUCCCCCAGCCCAGCCUCCAGACCAGCGCUGGCCUGCUCCCCGCACUCCGCAGCACCGUCCCGGGAGCCGAUCGUCUGCGAGGAGGCGGCCUCUCCGCAAUACCCCAUGUUUUCCCAUCACUCGAGGAGUCUGGGCAGAGACUGGACUACACCGUGGGAGAAUCUGCAAAGGUGUUGCUGGAACAGACAUAUUUCUAGUUGUAUGAGGUGGCCUGGACAUUACUCUCAAGUUCCUUACCCAUACUUCAGUAGUAGGCAUUUUUCACUAAAUUGGAGACCACCCUGUUUGUUUGAGUCUGGAACUCAGUUCCAGUACUGUAACUGGAGACCUGACAACCUGAGCCAGACAUCUUUGAUUCACCUCUCUAGUUACGUCAUGAAUGCUGAGGGAGAUGAGCCUUCAUCAAAACGAAGAAAACACCAAGGUGUUGUGAAUAAGGAAAAUGCUCUUCGUUAAGCCAUAUUUGUGACUUCCGAUAUUUCACUAAUACUUUUCAAUCAAGAAAACAGCAUUGCUAACUUGCCUAUCACUUUAAAGUGGUAUUUGAAGGAUUUGUGUGAUACAAUUAUGACUUUGUAAUUAGGCACCCUAGAAACCUGAUCAGGCCUAUUGCUUACUUUCUUUGAUUCAUCUGUCUUCUCUGCUGUGAUCACCUUGUUCCUCCUGAUAUGGAAGAAUGGAUGAUGUGCUUGCAGAGUAUGAACUAUGACACACUCCUGGUUGUUGCAUGCUAGGCGUGAUAAAGCGGAAUUGGGAAUAUAUGUGUAGCCAUGAUAAAGAAAAAACGAAGAUCCUAGGAGAUAAAAAUGUUGAUCCCAAAUGUGAAGACAGUGAGAACAAGUUUGACUUUUCAGUGAUGUCCUAUAAUAUACUUUCACAAGAUUUAUUGGAAGAUAACUCUCACCUUUAUAGACAUUGCCGGCGGCCAGUAUUACACUGGAGUUUUAGGUUUCCCAAUAUUCUGAAAGAAAUUAAACACUUUGAUGCAGACGUACUUUGUUUGCAAGAAGUUCAAGAAGAUCAUUAUGGAGCAGAGAUCAAGCCAAGUUUGGAAUCACUGGGUUAUCACUGUGAAUAUAAGAUGCGGACAGGAAGGAAACCUGAUGGCUGUGCUAUUUGCUUCAAACAUUCCAAAUUUUCACUCUUGUCAGUGAACCCAGUGGAAUUCUACCGCCCUGAUAUUUCUCUGUUGGACAGAGACAAUGUUGGAUUAGUUUUACUCUUACAGCCCAAAAUUCCAUGUGCUGCCUGUCCUGCGAUCUGCGUAGCAAAUACGCAUCUAUUGUAUAAUCCAAGGCGAGGUGACAUUAAGCUGACCCAAUUGGCAAUGCUACUGGCAGAGAUUUCCAGUGUUGCCCACCAGAAGGAUGGCAGCUUCUGCCCUAUUGUUAUGUGUGGUGACUUUAAUUCUGUUCCUGGUUCUCCACUAUAUAGUUUCAUAAAGGAAGGAAAAUUGAAUUAUGAAGGACUUGCCAUAGGAAAGGUAUCUGGCCAGGAACAGUCUUCACGGGGACAAAGAAUUUUAUCUAUUCCAAUUUGGCCCCCAAACCUAGGUAUCUCACAGAACUGUGUGUAUGAGGUACAGCAGGUACCAAAAGUAGAAAAGACAGAUAGUGAUCUGACACAAACACAGCCGAAGCAAACAGAGGUCCUAGUGACAGCUGAAAAAUUAUCUUCAAAUUUACAGCACCAUUUCAGCUUGUCAUCUGUUUAUUCACAUUACUUUCCUGACACUGGAAUUCCAGAAGUGACCACCUGUCAUUCCCGAAGUGCCAUAACUGUGGAUUAUAUUUUCUACUCUGCAGAAAAGGAAGAUGUUGCUGGGCACCCAGAAGCUGAAGUUGCUUUGGUUGGUGGCUUGAAACUUCUAGCUAGACUGUCACUUCUUACAGAACAAGACUUAUGGACUGUUAAUGGACUUCCAAAUGAAAAUAACCCUUCAGAUCAUCUGCCAUUAUUGGCAAAGUUCAGACUUGAGCUCUGACUCUGCUUUGAUCACAUACUAAUUUUCUUUCCAAUUUGUAUUGUUUUUCAAAGAAUGUAAAGUUCUUAAGUGUAUGCAUGUUGUUUAUUUUUGCACCGUGGAGUUUCUGAAGAGGUUAACGUUAGAUGCUUUGAAACUCCAUAUCAGAACAAACAACUUUAUAACCAUUUUUUUAAUAAUGAAAAAAUAUUUUCCUGACAAGUGAGAUCUAAAUACUCUUUAUUGUAAAAGAGCUGUAAAGGUUUUGUAUUCUAAAUCCUAGUAAAAUUGACAGUGAUUUUUAAUUAUAA